AUGAAUUUAACAUUUUUAACAGCUAAACACCUUCUCAUCCUAUGCUGCAAUGGUGGUUUACCAUUUAUCGAUCUUCAAACACAAUCAAAUCUUCGAGAAAAGCAUAAAUCAACCUAUGCUGUUGAUCCAACUGAUUGGAUUGCUGUUGACACGUCCGGUUCUGAGCUUAAUUUAUCACUGAUUAAUUCACUAUCAACACUGCAUAUACCAUCAAGAAUGGAAUUAAACGUUUGUGAUUUAUUCAAUUUAACAUUUUCUGAUAUUGAAGACGAGGAACUCUUCGAGAGCAGUAAAGGUGAAGUGAAAUGCAGAUGUCCACUACAUUAUGCUGGCUUAUCAUGUGAAAUUGAUGAAGCAUCGAGAAAUGUGAAAAGUACAAAUCGAAACUUUUUUAACACAAUUUCAUCAGUUAUACUAAUUCUUAUAUUUGGUGCAUUCUUAGUUACGAUAAUGCGAUGUGGUUUUUGUGAUUGCUUUGGACCAUUUUUAUCACAUCGUAAAAAAGAUAACUUGGAUUUACCAUUAGAUCAAAAUACAUUAAACAGAUGUUUAGAACUUGUUCAAGCACAUGAAGCUCGACAAGAUAAUCUCUUGAAGAGUUCGGAACAUCAACGACCUCUCAUUUCAACAGUUUAUGAGACAUGUGCUCCUUAUCGAAAUACCACAGUGUAUCCGAUUGAGUUAUCACAUAAUAGAAAUUAUCGACUUGGUACUCCACCACCAUCGUACAGGUCAGUAGAAAUGCAAAAGAAACAAGAUCAAAUUCGAAAUCUUUUAGGUGGUACAAAUAAUAAUAAUAAUACAAGGAUAUAG